AUGGCAAAACCACUUAAUGAAGCAACCCCCUCCUCCCCCACCAUCACCCACUCCACCAUCACCAAAACAACCUUCACCAAUCUCACCCCCGCAGACUCCAUAUUCCGCUCCACACUGGAAAACACCUCCAUCACCAGGACAUCCGAGGCUACAAGCAGCAUUAGUAUCAAACGCAGCAAGCUUCAUACCUGCACGCUAACCAACUCCUCUGCCCGCCGCUCCACCCUCACCAAGACAACCCUCAUCAACGUCCCCGCAGCCCGCUCACUCGACGCAACCGACUCCUCGCUCUCGAAUGUCCGCCGUCUGCGACGGAGCGAGAUCCGCGCCAGCACGGUGAGCGAUGGCGCCGUCCGGCGGAGCACGGUCGUGCACUCGACUGUGAAGCACUCUCUCAUCCGGCGGAGCAAGCUCGACCACGUGGCUUUGUUCCAGAGCCGGGUGAAGAGGGCGGAGCUGACGGACUGCGAGGUGAGUGAGUGUGUGGUUAUCGGGACGGAGUUUAAGGGCAUGAGGUUGAGGUCUGGGGUGUGGAAGAAUGGGCGGUUGGUGGGGAGGGUUGGAGAGGGAGAGGUUGUUUUUGAAGAGUUGGAUAAGAGUAAGAAGGGCAACGCUUUUGCCCCAGAUGAAAAGGUUGAGAGGCUUGAUUACAAGGUUCUACAGGAGGAGAGCGAGUCGGAGGAGGACGAUGACUCCAGUGUGAAUGAUGAGAAGGCGGAGCUGCCGCCACCAUAUGCGCCUUGA